AUGAAACUUACUCAAGAACAUUAUUACAAUACAACCACUAAAUUCUUAUUGAAGGCGUUAGGCAUUUGGCAUCAUGAUAAAUCGCGAUUCGUAUUUUUGCAACGUGUGAUGGUUUUAUUGAUACUUGUGCCAUUUGCUUGCAUGCAGUUCUCAGUGUUUUUUAUAGAGAAUUAUACCAUAACGGUUCUCAUUAGAGCCAUAGCAGUUGCUUGCCCGUGUAUUUUAAUGAUCAUGAUGUACAUUAUUUUUGUUUUUAAAUCCGACGUUAUGUUGAAUAUACACAAACGAAUUGAAGAGGACUGGAUGUUAAUGCGUGACAAUAUGGAACACGAUAUUAUACAAGAGAACGCUCACAGCGUUCAUUUUUAUCUUAGUCUUACGUUUUCGUUCACUUGUUUUGUCCUUGCCACUUUAAUUGUUUUGCAAUUUCUGCCGAUUAUUCUCGACGUUAUUCUGCCACUGGACAAACCUCGUCAAUUCAGUCUUGUUGCGAUGGAAUCUUUAGCAUCUCAGAACAAAUACUUUUACACCGUAUUGAUGCACGAGAUCGUGUUUGCCGUGGUGUUUGCGGCGGUUACGUUUUCCACAUCGAUGCAACUAGUAGUACUGUUUUCUCACUCUUUCGGCAUGUUUAAAAUUGCCAGACAUCGUAUACGGUACUUGAUUGAGGACAGCAUGUCGCAGCAUGUAUCAAAUUUCGAACACGAACGCGUCAUUUCCGCGAAGAUAAAAUAUGCGGUAAAAGCACACCGUCGAGCUUUAGAGUUUUCCAACAUUGUAAUAUCGUCAAUUAAUGCUCCGUACUGCGUUAUAGCUAUUCUCGGAAUGCUAUCGUUGAGCAUCAAUUUGUUUGGCUUGGUUGAAGCGAUAACGGUAUCCAAAAUCAAUCAGAAUGCAGUAUUUUUUCUAAUCACCGUGACAGGACAACUGGUUUAUUUAUUUGCGGCAAUGUUAGUCGGACAGAGGAUCACCGAUUGCAAUGACGAAGUGUUCAAUGGAACAUACAGCAUAUCGUGGUAUUUGAUGCCUGUAUCAUCGCAAAAACUUCUCGUGUUUCUACUGCAAAAAUCUGGCAAAGAAUUUUGCAUCACAAUCGGUUUUCUAAUUGUGGCAAAGAUUGAAAAUUUCGCUGCGUUUAUAAAUGCUUCGCUGUCUUACGUUGCGGUGAUGUACAGCUGCGCUCAUUGAGAACAUCGA